AUACCACCGUGAAGUACUACCACCGCAUCUCCGGCAAUGUCGAGCUCGGACGAACACCUUAGGCUGCCGCCGCGCUCCGGCCGCGGCGCACUCCACCACCGCGCAGCCGCGGCGGCGCCGGCCAAUGCCAUUAGUUUGCACGUAGAUGCUGAGGCUGAUGAUGGUCCGGCCGCCGCCGAGAGGUCGUCGUCGACGACGAGAGAGAAGCGGCUGGAGCGGUUCAUGGAGUACUCGAAGCGCGCCCUGGUGUACGAGUUCACGCUGGCCACCUCGCUGCUGCAGCACCGGACGGCGAGCUUCACCGCCGGCAGCGCGUGGGCCAAGGCCGGCGUCGCGCUCCUCUGCGCCGCGCUCUUCGUCGACCUCAUGGGCUCCGUCUACCUCGCCCUCGUCACCAGGCUCCUCGACGCCGAGGCCACCGACGCGAGCUGCAGGUGGCACGUCGUCCGGGUCUACGCCUCCGCCGUGCUCCUCAUGUCCAUGCCAUUCUGCCUCCUCAUGUCGCUCAACGCGCUCUACUCGUUCCUCGCCGUCGCGCUCGUGCCGCCCAUCUAUCUCGUCCUCCUGCUCUUCGCCAAGGAGCACCACCACCACCGCCACCGCGGCGGCGUGCUCCACGAGUUCCCGCCGCCGCGCGGCGAGCGGACGACGGUGUUAAUCAGCUACGAGGACUACGACGGCAAGCUCAAGAGCCAGUUCGACGCGUCGGCCACCGUGAACACCAUCGCCACCGGCGCGGGGCUGACGGGCACCUUCUUCGGCUACUCCACCUCCACCGACUUCUCCCCCAACCACGCCGUCACCGUCUCCGAGAGCCUACUGUUCCUGACCAUCGUCGGCGCGCAGUUCGUGAUGCUCGUCACGGCGGCCCGGCCGAUGUUCCGCAAGGAAUCCUCGCCGGCGAGGCUCGCCGGCUUCCUGAGCCUCUUGGUAGGGAGCCUGCCGGUGCUUCUCUCCCUCAGCGCGUUCGCCGGCGCCAUCGACUUCCUCGGUGGCCUCGCCCUGCUCGCCUUCUCCAUCGACUUCCUCGAGCUCGUCGUCUUCUUCAAAGCAACCUUCUACAAGGAGGCGCUGGAGGAGGAGCCCGACGCGCCGCCGCGGCCUACAUCGACGACGACGACGGACGGGCUGCAGCUGCUGUGGCUGUGCGUGAUGUACAUCUACUUCACGGCGCUGGAGGCGCUGUACCAGGAGCAAGCGGGGAGGAAGACGAAGCUAGAGUUGUUGGAGAAGGCCAGGGUGCUGGUCUACUUCUGGGCUUUCUGCUGCUGCAGCCUCGACGGCGGCGGCAGGGGGAAGCUCCCGCUGCUGCCGCCGCUGGAGGAGCUGAGAAAGCACCACCAUCACCUGUCGCUGGGGCGAGCUCGCUACGCCGUCAUGGGCCUCGCCGCGCUCGAUGUUCUGUGGCGUGUCGCCAGGAUGUUCCUCGUAGUUGCUCCCGUGAAACCGUAGGCACGCCCGGGGGGCCCACAUGUCGGUGACACUGGCUUUUCAACAUCUGUUAAUUAUUACCAAUGUAGAAUGUGAUACGAUUUUGUUAAACAUUGAUUUCUUCUCGCUCUUGCUUUCC